AUGGUGCAUCUACCAACGCCCCCCGCGACUCCGGCGCUUGAAGGAGACCCCGAAGAGCUAUCUUCACAAGAUACAUCAUAUGCGGAGCUUUCCCGGAAGUUGGAUAGUAUUCUGGAACACUACCUUUUUCUCCUGGAUCAACAGCAGCUACUCCAGGAAGAGAUUGGACGACAAUUUUCCGCUGGAUUUUUUUCUCUUGCGCGUGCGAAUCGCUCAUGUCCACCAGGCCGUCGGUAUGGCGAAGAUUACUACGAUGAGAGAAUGAAGGCAUUGAGGAAACUUUCAAUUAACCCACCAUUGACAAUUGAGUUUCUGGAAAAUUCUCCCGACGCGACUUCUAACCAAACAGGGAGCAAUUCGACAUUUGUUAUAAAGAACGUUUUCCUCCCGUCUUCUCCCGCCAAAGGAGUCGACAAAGGUGACCCCGAGAGCCAAAACGACGAGAAGGGAUCUAGCACGUCCUCACCCUCCAGAAGCUCUUCCCUUGAUCCUCCUAGAUUUUCCGAAGAACCGCAACAGCCUAGCAGCAACGCGCCCACCCCGCAGUCCCCCAAUCCAUUGAACUGGUUUGGAAUCCUUGUCCCUACAGCUCUACGAAAUGCACAGCAAACGUUUUCUGAGGUUGUUGAAGGCGCCAUACCUGCCCUGGCGAAUGUGAUUACUGAGAUGCGAGAGGUGGAGAGAAAGGUGGAGGCGUUGAGGGCCCUGUUGGCACGUGAAGCUGCUGAGGGUGCAUCAGCCGAAGGGUAA